AUGAAGCGAGCUUCUAGAGAAACCACCGUGGACGUUUACAGGCGAGAUAAUGAUUAUAGUUUGCAGUUCAAUCGUUGGUUUCUGAGAUCGAUAGGCGCCUGGCCGGAAUUAAAGACGAAUUCGAUGACCAGGAAUAUCCUGAUGAAUAUCCUACGAUUAACGUGUCACUCUUUAAUAGCUUUCACCGUGGUACCUUCUAUAUUAUAUAUAUUAUUUGAAGAGAAGGAUUUCCGCCUGAAACUCAAGGCUAUAGGGCCUACGAGCCAUCUUCUCAUGGGCGGAAUCAAUUACUGUUCUCUCCUGCACCAAAACGAUCGGAUACGCACGUCUAUAGAACAUAUGGAGACCGAUUGGCGGAUGGCGAAGAGAGGACACGAUCGGAAAUUGAUGCUGAGAAACGCGAGAGUGGGACGCGCUAUAGCGGGUGUUUGCGCGCUCAUCAUGCAGGGUGGUGUUAUUUGUUACAAUAUAGCGAGGGGGAUGUCGCGGAUAGCCGUGGUGAUCGGCAACGAAACGAUCGAGACGGGUCGCCUACCGUGUCCGUCUUUCAACAAAUUCGUGGACACCAGACUGAGCCCGGUGUACGAGGUCGUGCUCGCGUUGCAAUGUCUCUCGACUAUCGUGGUGAACAACAUCACGAUCGGCGCGUGCGGUCUCGCCGCCGUUUUCGCGAUGCACGCUUCCGGCCAGCUCAACGUGGUGAUGCUACGUCUCGAAGAACUCGUCACGGAAAAGCAAGAUCUCCUCCAGUUGAGACUGGCGAACAUCGUGGAGCAUCAUCUGCGAGCGUUGAGGUUUCUUUCACAAUUGGAGGCAAUUAUGCGCCAGAUAUGUUUUGUGGAAUUAGUCGGGUGUACGUUCAACUUAUGCAUGCUAGGAUAUUACACCAUUACGGAAUGGCAUGAAGAAAGUAUAAACACUAUAAUAACAUAUGUCAUGGUACUGACAUCGAUGAUGUUUAAUAUCUUCAUAUUUUGCUUCAUUGGCGAACUCGUAACGGAUCAGUGUAAAAAAGUUGGUGAAGUAGCUUAUAUGACUGAUUGGUAUGAAUUGCCGCAUAAAAUUGUUCUCGAUCUCAUUUUAAUAAUCUUACGAUCAAGAGUUGUUAUCAAAAUCACGGCAGGAAAGAUAUUUCAUAUGUCUAUCCAGACUUUCGGUGUUGUAAUUAAAACAUCUGUCGCAUACUUGAACAUGCUUCGAACUUUGACUAUGUAA